AGCAUUUUGUUACCCCAAAUGCCAGGAGUCUAUGGUAGCCCUUGAUGACUCUGCCUUCUGUGAAGGGUGGCCAGAAACACGCGAGUGUUGUAAACCAAGACGCAUUCCUGGAGAAGGGUACUACAACCCGGACCCUGUUGAAGUGAAUGGAGAGGAAAUAACACCAGCAAUAGAUCCAGAGAAUCCUCCCGAAACUGCUGCCGAGGCCACUGGAACAGGACCUCCUGGAGAGGGCGCAGCAGUUAAAGAUGAUUUGGCACCAUUUGGAGAAUCCCUUGGAGGGCUUACUGUUCCAGAGAAUCUAGGCCACGGUGAUGGAGGUGGCGCUGGUGGAUUUGGUGACCCAAUAAUGGAAACUGGCGAUGGAUUCAGGUUCAGGUUCGAGGGUGAUGCGUGUGAGUAUAUCAUGUUUCAAGAAGACGUUGAGGAACCCAGCUUCCGCGUGGUCUCACGCCACGUGGGUGGUUCAAUACUAGGGAAAAAGGCGUACUUCAUCGGACAUGUUGCCGUUGAUUUUAACGGUCAACACGUGCAGCUUCAAGAAGGGAAUAUAAUCAAGGUCGAUGGCAAGAACGUGACUGACAAGCUAUCAACACGUCCAACCUCGUUCGAGAACAUUUCGAUUGAAUGGAAAAAUCUACAUAAAAAAUUUGUUCUUGUUAACUUCGGGCCGAAUGUCUUCUCCGUAGUCUGGAAUGGCUAUGAAGGUCAUGUGAACAUCAAUGCAAGUGCCGAGCUGUCUGGAAAGGUCACCGGUAUUUUAGGAAACUUCAAUGGUGACAAAGAAGACGAUCUACGAUACAAGGAGAACGGCGAAUGGAAAACUAUUCCCCUUCAGGAAACCAAGAGAUAUAUGGAUCGUUUUUCAAAAACUUGGCUUGCAAAUUCGGACAGCUGUUGAAAAUCAGGGUGGAUCGAAACAAGUUUACGCUUUCACAUACCGGGACUUAGUUGUUAAUACAUGUAGUUAAAAUUACGAUACUCAAUUAAUCAACUUAAUGUCAUAAGUAUUUAUUCAUUGUUACUUAAUGUAUUCUUCAGUCUUGAGACAGAUCAAGUUACUAUUUUGUGCCGAUGUAUGACCUUGUACGUAGCUAUUCACGGGAUUGUACAUUAAUGAUGACAAUUAUCUUACACACAAAUUGUACAUUUCGGGGUUAAAGGUCGUGUACAUAGAUGAUGUUUUUCUCUCUGCGUUAUAUGCAGGACGAUUUAUUUUAUUUUAAAAGAGUACAUUCAUUCCCCCC